AUGCAUCGCAGUCGGAGCAUCGCCGAGCCGACAUGUGGCUCGCUUCAUUUUCGACCAACAGCACCAGAUGACGACCUGACUGUCACACCAAGGUUGGCGCACGUGACCGCUUAUUUAGAAAACACCGUGCAAGCGUCAUGGGUAAUGCACGCGGUGCGACGUAUGCGAAUAUUCACAGACCCCUGCCCCAUACACGUGACACUUGACAGUCACAUUGUCUCCAAUGUGCCUGACACACAUACAUUUGGU